GAGUGAAAUCCAGUGUGUGGUCAGUGAAGGGUGGUCUAGUCCUGAUGGGGGAGGAUCCACACACACACACACACACACACACACACACACACUAAAUUAUUGUCACUGUUCAAGACAGCAGCUUUCUGAGAUUUCCAUUAUAAUGUUACAGUGAUCAGAGAAAAUGGUUCAUGUUGUUUUGCUCAGCUUGUGUUUGUGGCGUCUGGAUGGAGUGUUUGCUGGUACAGAUGCAGUGAAGUCAGUGUCAGUGAUGGAGGGAGAUUCAGUCUCUCUAAACUCUGAUCUCACUGAAAUGAUGGAUGAUGAUGUGAUUCUGUGGAGGUUUGGAGAUGAAAACACUUUAAUAGCUGAAAUCAAUGUAAUGGCCGACAGCAUGACUGUAUAUGAUGAUGAUCCUGAUGGGAGAUUCAGAGAUAGACUGAAGCUGGAUCAUCAAACUGGAUCUCUGAUCAUCACACACACCACAACUGAACAUGCUGGAGUUUAUAAACUACAGAUGAGCAGUGUGAUCAAGAGUUUCAGUCUCACUGUCUACGCUCGUCUGCCUGUUCCUGUCAUCAGCAGUAACUCUACACACUGUUCAUCAUCAUCAUCAUCAUCAUCAUCAUCAUCACACCAGAAUUGUACAUUGCUGUGCUCAGUGUUGAAUGUGGAAUAUCAGGAUAAAAACACCUACAGCUGUGUGCUGAACAAUCCCAUCAGCAACCAGACCACACAUCUGGACAUCAACACACUCUGCCACACAUGUGCAGUUCCUCCAGUCUCAGUGUCUCUGAUAGUGUUGAUCUCUGCUGGAUCUCUGAUGAUUGUGUUUACAGUCGUCGUGAUCUUCUGCAUCUGCAGGAAAUGUAGAACUGAUCGAAAUGGCAAGUGUUAA